UUAAAAAUUGUCUUAUUAAAUUCAUUGUGUUAGCUCAACAAAAUAUAAACAUGUCUUUAAAAGUAUAUAACUUAAAACAACUAAAAAACAUUUUUUUAUAGCUUGAAAAGUAAUAUUUAUUUGACCGCGUCUGUGUGCAUAAACAUGUGACUGUACUUAUAAUUUCAUUUUUUAUGCUUAGCGAACCAAAUUCAGACAUUAGUUUUUUCAAGCAUUUACUAUUAGAGAUUGGUUAUUGAAGUAUACUAGCUUUAAAGUCACUACAACUUUAAAAAAACUAUAAUAAUAAAUACAAAAAAACCCCAUCUAGUUUCAUAAAAAGUCUAAAAGCCAAAUUUUCAAAGACUCUAAUAUCAUUUGCGGUACUUGAAAUAAAUAAGAGAAAUAUAUUAAAGAUUUGAAGAUCAUAAUGAGCUCGCAAUUAGCCUGUGAGAGGCCUGCCACGCCCCCGCCUUCGUAUUCAGAGGCGAUGGGCUGGGUUCCACCUGGAUCGGAAUUGGGAAGUACCACGGUUCUUACGUCGCGGGAUUCCACAGGUCUCACCUCGGUACUCACGAUCUGUCCCAAAUGCCUCGACGAGAUUGAGACUACUACCACAACCCGUCGCGGAAGUAUUGCCUACGUGGCCUCCUUCGUAGUUAUGUUUGCCACCUGCGGACUGGGAUGCUGGCUGCUCCCAUGGAUCAUUAAUGGCUUCAAUGAGGUCCAUCACUCGUGUCCAAGCUGCAAGGCGUCACUGGGGAUCGUUCGUCUAUAAAUUCAGAACUGGAUAAGCCCUCACAUGAAUCAGCAUUUUGCAUUUAUUUUUAAAUUUUCCCUGCAAGGCCAUCAAAAAGACUUGCUUCAAUUCAGAUCGGAUGAACUGCAACUAUUAUUCUAUACAUUUAGUUUUAAAGUUAAAAAAAGUUACAAACAAAUAAAACGUAUUUUUAACAUAAAUUACCAAAUACCUAAAAUAUUAAAUUCAUCGAUUUUGUGUAUACUCUUACA